UGUAAGUUCUAUUAAGCUGUAUGCUUUCUUAUGUUAGGAUAAGACUAAACUAUGUAAGAAUGCAAUAGCAGAAUAAUCAUAUUUCAUUUUACUAUAUAAUAGUGUAUUGCCAUAGGACACUGCAACUUAAAUGACUAAGGUGUUAAUUAAAUAGAAUUCUGAAGGAUACUUUACCAGUCUUCUGUGAAAGAUGAGAGACGCUAAAGAACUUCUUUUAUUUUGUGUGUUUCAUUCCGGGCCUGUUAUACAGUACAGCCAUUUGGGCUUUUGUUUACUAAGAGGCCCUGUGCCAAUUUUAAGCUGGUUCCACCACGGCAGUGGUACUUCUUCAUUAAAAAGUACACCACGCUGACUGAGAGUGAUGGAGAGGUCCUGCUGUUUAAGAGAUGCCUGCUGUCAUCAACACCUUUUACCUUCAUCACCUUUUUUUCUGUAAUUUUUUCCCUUGGUCUCACUUGUUCUUGGACACCCGACCACUGCUGUGGGACAGACAUCCGGAGAGACAAACAAAGGGGACUAUGGCCCUUUUGUGGGUCAGCUGAGAAAGCAGCAGUUUUGUGUAGGAGAGUCGAAUGAUCUGAAGGAGCAUUUUUGCUUUUGAUAAUGUAUAUCUACAUGCCCCUUACCCACAAUCCCUCUUCCAGUGAAUGCAGUCUAAAUCAGAAUGCAACGCAACAAUAAAGGGCUCUGUCUCUGGCUGAGGAUCCUAAUAAUGAAAUGAACUGUAUCCAUUUGAACAAAGGGAGCUGUGGCACUCAGGGAUUUCUUUUUUUAAUUGGAACUUAAACAUGAUAUAAUGUACAUACCAUACCUAUUGGACUUGUAGUGGAAAUCAGUAACAUUCUCCCUGUCAAACACUGUUGCUUAAAGAACCAGAUAAUUGUUUUUUGUUUUUUGUACAGUACUAUAACUGCAGGUUUUACUGCAAAGGACAGCUGUCUACUUCUACAAUACCCCCAGUAAGAGUCAUCUACAAAAGUGAAGUUGAUGUAUUUGUCCACCAGGAAGUACUGCUUGGAACUCUCAAGAUAUGAUGCACAUUGAAAAUCCAAAUUAGAGGCAGUCGAUUUAAAGGUGCUCACAACCAAGCAGAAGUUGUUAGUACUAACUGACCUGUAUACUUUAGGAUUUAUACUGAAACAAGCUGCUCCACUGCAGGGCACUGAUACAGCACAAUUAACCACCAGCCUCACAGAAGAAGCAGCUGAAGCAAAAUGGAGCCAGGGCUGUGUGUUGCGGAGCCGCUGGGACUGUUUCUCUGUGUGGGGGCUUGGGUUUGCACACUGACCACCACUAUUUUACCCCAGUGGUUGACACUCUCCACAGAGCUGCUGCAGACAGAAAGCUACCAGCUCGGUCUGUGGGAGACCUGUGUUGUUCAAGAUCUGGGUGGCAUUGAAUGCAGACCUUACGAUAGCAUGCUCGGCCUCCCUGGGGAUAUCAGGCUGGCUCGGAUCCUCAUGUGUGUGGCAGUGGCUACUGGGCUCCUGGGUCUACUGGUCCCAAUACCUGGACUCACCUACGUGAACUGCUGCAAUGGCCGGGGUGGUGAGCGGACAAAGAGGGUCCUGAGAGUGUUGGGAGGCGCAUUCUCUUUUCUCGCUGGCAUCAUUUGUCUGGUGCCAGUGUCCUACAUGGCUCACUUGACGGUGCUCAAGUUCUGGGAUGACACGAUUCCCGAUAUUGUUCCCAGGUGGGAGUUUGGGGAAGCACUGUUCUGCGGGUGGACUGCUGGAUUCCUCCACAUUGUCGGAGGGAUCGUCUUUGCUUCCUCUCACUUUUGCUAUGAAGAGGAAUCGGAUAGUAAAGCUACAAGAAGUCUGGAAAUGCAAGCUUUGGACAACACAUCCCAGACCAGGGUGGAGUAUGUGUAACAGGCAAAAACUGGUUUACUACCAGGGUUCUUGAGAAAAAUUCAAGUAUGCCUCAAUACAAAACACAGUUCCUUCUUCUAAGCAUUCACUUGCUUGUCUUAAUAAAUCCCUGUAGUGUUAUUGCUAUGACAACACCUGUAUUAUUAUCAAUAAAUACUAUGUUAUAUUUGAUGCCAAACUGAUUAAGGGAUAUAAGUAGCUUUAUUUAGAUUUUAAAAUUGGAAUCUGCAUGCAGAGCUGCUAUAUUCGCUUCUUUUUUUUUUUUUUUUACAUCACAGUUUUGUACAUUCAGUCUGGAUAAUGUGUUUAUGUAUAAUCACAACAGGAUUCCUUAUUUGUGUGUUGCUUUAGAGGAAAUUUGUCAAAAUCAGACAGGGAGCAAUGCAUUUCAUAAAUAGUCUAGCAAAGCUGAAUUAUUUUAAGUAAAUGCCUACCGGGAUUAUAUUGCAAUUACAGCACUACUAUCCUAGGGUUGACUUUAAAAUACUAUCAAACAAAAGUGUGAUAAAGAUAAUUGAUUUUUUCAUCUGAUAAAAUUAGCCCUGUUUUCCACUGUUCUUCCAUUAGUAUUUUCUACUACUGAUCAGUAUUUAAGUCUGUUUUUAGGUAUAAGUAGGUUAUGGUGUGAUAGUACAUCACAGGAGCAGCUUUAACCCAACUGCUUAUUUUUUGUUGUGCACUGUUAUAUUUAUAUCAGUGAUCUGUGU